GCACGAAAUCAAUUACAUCAUAUUGGUGGAGUGAACGUGAGGGAUACCUAGUAGAUACGAUAACAGAGUAAAAAGAUGUUUUUCACAAACAGUGGCUAAAAGAAGCAUUCGUGAUAAAAGAUAAGAACGACUGUGGGUUAAGUGUUCGCUCAUUAUUCAUUUAUCAGGUUGAAUAUUCUGGUGGAAGUGUUUUCAUCGAAUUGAAAGUGAGAGAAGACUGGAUACAUUGGCAAAGUAACAACGGAAGCUCUUGGUUUUUGGAAAAAUGUCCAGUGAUAGGGAAACCGAGAGUUUUCUCGUCAGCAAAGACGAGGUGAUCAGAUUCAUCGCGGAUUGCUUGACAAAAGUGGGAGCCAAUGCAGACGAUUCGAAAAUCGUUGCUCAUCAUCUUAUGACUGCUGACUACCGGGGACAUUUCAGUCACGGAAUGAACCGAGUGCCGAUGUACGUUAAGGAUAUCGAGAGUGGACUCACCGAUCCUCAUGGGAAACCAGAAAUUAUCAAUGAGUUUCAGGCAACUGCUCUUGUGGACGGUCGAAACGGUUUGGGCCACGUGAUCGGUAAAUUUUGUAUGGAAUUGGCAAUACAGAAAGCAAAGACCUUCGGCAUUGGAAUGGUCUCAGCGCGUGGCUCAAAUCACUACGGCAUUUGUGGAUAUUACAGUCUCAUGGCAGCGGAGAAAGGUCUCAUAGGUUUUUCCUGCACAAACACGAGUCCCUGCUUGGUACCAACGCGCGCGUCGUCGGCAGCACUCGGGACGAAUCCCUUCUCCCUAGCUAUGAGAACACAAGAUGGCGCCGACGAAUUCGCACUCGACAUGGCGACGACUGCUGUGGCCUUGGGAAAGAUCGAAGUGGCGAUCAAUAAAAAAGAUGAGAUCCCCAAAGGGUGGGCGUUGGGUGCAGACGGGAAACCGACGAAAAAUCCCCAGGAGGCGUAUGAUGUGGGGAAUCUGCAACCUCUGGGCGGAGCGGAAGAAACUUCUGGUUACAAGGGAUAUGGAUUGGCUACCAUGGUUGAGGUUCUCUGUGGUGUUCUUUCCGGUAGUCGCUUUGGUCAAAAUAUUCGGCACUGGCAGAGGCCCGAGGGAAUCGCUGAUCUUGGCCAGUGUUUCAUGGCGAUCAAUCCUCAAGUUUUUGCUCCCGGAGCUGGAGACAGAUUGGGACAGCUGCUGGGACAGCUCAGGGGACUGCCCGCUGCUGACGAUGCGGCAGGUAGCGUUCUCGUUGCCGGCGAUCCUGAGAGGACAGCUAUGAGAAAUGUGGAUGAGGAGGGCGGCAUUCGUUAUCACCCGAAUCAAAUUAAAAUCUGUCAUAAAAUGGCGCUAAGGCUUGGCGUCAAACCCAUGCAAUCUGCGUAGAUUGAUUCCUAAAAAGCAAAAUUAAUUAUUGUUUUUUAGGAAUCAAUUAGUGUAUUAGUUUUUUUUUACAAAAAUUAAUAUUUUUAUUUUUUAGGAAGAUUUCAUCAGUUUUUGCAAAGCGAGAACGUAAUCAAUUGUGUGUUUGUCUGAGUUAGUUUGACGAAAUUAAAUUUGAUGUAUUUUUUUUACGAAAAACAAAGUAUUCCUACCAUGUUAUUUGUAAAUAAGGAAUCUUGUAAAUUUUAGUCACAUUCCGAUAAUCCAUUUAUGCUUUGACUCCAAUUGGCCAAUGUCCGCCCUCAAUUUAGCAUUUUUCAGCUCUCAACGACUUAUUCAUCGGCUGCUAGAUGUCUAUGUUCCUAGAGAUAUUUUUUAAAAAUGAGUCGGAUUCGUAUGAAUGUUAUUCUUUUCAAAUUUUUUACGAGUAAAAAAUAAAGUAAUGAGAAAAAUUUUCAGAUUGUUAAUCGCACAUUUUAUAUUACAUUACAUUUUAUAUAUAUAUUAUAAUAUAUUAUAUUUAUAUUAUACCUACAUUUAUAAACCAGAACAAUAAUAAUUCAUGUACCAGAAAUUUGAAAGGAAGAAAUGGCUAGGAACCGAAUAGCUCAGUUGGAAGAGCACCCGAUGCAUAAUUGGAAGGUCCCGGGUUCAAAUCCCGGUCUGGACUAUGCAUUUUUUCAGUAAAAAUUUUCUAGUUAUUCAUACUGAGAGUAAUUCUGAUUCCCCUCCUACCUCAACCAAAUCCCAUCCACUUA